CUUUCCUCUCUUUCUAUCUAUCUCUGAGCUUUAGACUCUUCUUCUUCGUCAGAUUACUCGAUUAGUUUUUUUUUCGUGUGAAUAGAUUUCAAAAGGAAUCAUUUUUUUCUUCUUAUCAUCUAAUCUUUCGUUCUCAGAUUCUGGGGGAUCGGAUCCAAUUUUCUUCUUUUUUUUUUUUUACCUUUCGCCGCCAUGAGUUCCUCGAUCCAGAUCGUUGUUGAGACGCAAGUGGAAGCUUUGUCUCUUAAAGAUCAGGAUGAAAAGAAGAUUGAAAUAGUGAGCAACGAGCUGAGUUUCGGGAACCAUGGCGGAUGCUGUGCGAUAUGUUUGGAUACAAUACCUCUCCAAGAAACUGCUAUGGUCAAAGGCUGUGAACAUGCUUACUGUGUGACAUGCAUACUCCGUUGGGCAAGUUACAAAGAGAAACCAACCUGCCCACAAUGUAAGCACCCAUUUGAUUUUCUCAAUGUCCACCGCACUCUUGAUGGAAGCGUUGAAGAUUUCAUGUUCGAGGAGAGCGUCUGCCUUCUCCUAAGAGCAUCUUGGUUUCUUCCACUGGAAGCAGUGGAGCGGGUUUCAUAUAACGGCAAUGACAACUAUGAUUUCGACAUUCCACCUGAGUAUAUUCCACCAGAGUAUGAAGAGGAAGACGAAGAUGACGACCUCGACGAGUUUUAUCUGCACGGUUCGAAUCUUCGUUUAGGGAACAGGAGGUGGGGCGACAAUGGAUUCGUCAGGUCAGGCCGCCAAGAAGCAAGGCCGGCCCAGGCCCAACAUAAGCACCACCGAGGUGGCCAAGCCUCUGGCUCUGAGUCCGGCUCCUCUUCUUCCUCGCGUGAGGCAAAGGAGGAGAAGACUAACAACAGUGCUGCAACUGGCAGGCGUGCCAAGAGGGCUAUGAAGCGUGAAGCUGCAAACAAAGCUGCAGAAGUAGUUGCAGCUGCGAAGCGCGAGGCUCUUUUGGUUAGGUUGGGAAGGAAGUGAGUGAUUGGUUGUAUCUCUGUAAUUAAAAUCAAAUCACGACCUCUAAAUGCUCUAACUUCCUUACUUGAGAAUCUGUACAGCAAGUUGUAGUAUCUAAUAAUGGUCGAACGACAAAACUUGCUUUAUCUUUUGUCGUCGAAGAUCCUUUGUUAAGAGUUAA